AUCUGCAUUUGUAAUAGCCGAUAGAUGACGUGAGGUUAUCAAUACAAUCAUUAAGAAACUGUAUUUCAGCCUAUAACUAUAAUCAAAACUAUAAUGUGAAUUCGUUGUGACACGAGAUCGGCGAGCUACGUCAGGCUGCGCACAUUUGCAUCGGGCGCACGCAGGGUGGAAGUGGAGUGGACGCUUCAGCAGUCUUCACGCGAGCCAGAGCGCACCGUUGCGGGGUCUCGGUAACCCUUCGGGGCUCGGGAGAAACUUGACACGAGACGCACGUUGGUCUGCGGAGCAAACGCGGUGUUUGCGCACACCACAAAGUACCUGUCAACUUGCAAGCCUUAGCGGCUUAGCUGGAUGGCUAGUAAUAUAGAACUGCUGUGCAUUGUCGGAGUCGGACAAACAGCAAGUGUUACUCCGGCUAACGCUGCUUUAGCCACCGUGUCGGCACUGACAUCACUCUGUGCGCUGACAACAUGAGAACUCCGUAUCCGCCGGACAGUUAAUCGCAACAAAGUAACCCACUAUGGGCAGCGAACGCAGCAAUUGCAGGCCCCAGUUUGGAGACAAUAGCAUGCUAACCUAGCUAGCAGGCUGCCGUGGCUAGCAAGCUUGCUAGGAGCCGCCUUGCCUGGUGCGCGUCCGGAGCCGCACUCGAAGCACCGAGGUGCUCGCACCAGGGAUCAGAGGGAUAUGACAGACCAGGUUGCUGCAGCUCGUAGCCUGCUACUGUUCCACAACCAAGACUUGACUGUGACUGACCCAGCGACCCAGCAGCCCAGCUCUGAAAUAAUGUCCUCACAAUCCAAACUGGUGGGCAGCACUGAUGAAGACGGGGACCGAUUUACGAGUGAGGACAGGCUCAGCAAUGGCAUCUAUGAAGAUAAGACUGUGGAAGCACCUGGGGAUGAUUCCAAUAAGGAAGAACCUCCUGCUCAGAGCAAUGAUGGCAUGUCAGAGUUUUCCAACAGUGACCUCUCUCUGCCUGAGGUCUGUAUAUCCACCAACACUAGUAGCUUUGAGGAGGAUAUGAAUUAUGAGGUCCAGCAAGCGUAUCGGAUAUUCACUGGCUUCCUCUUGGAUAAGCACAAAGGGAUCACCAGCCCAUUUCUUCACCCUACUGGCCACCAGGAGACCCAGCGUGGGAUCGGUGGGGUCCUUGGCUGGGGUCAGGCACAGCUCAGACAGUCCAUGUGCUUGCGGAGGAUGGAGAAGAAGUUCAUCAACCAAGAGUAUGAGUCCAUAACGGGGUUUGUUGCAGAUUUCAGGCUGAUGUUGGAAAACUGUUAUCGUUACCAUGGAGUGGACCACUGGAUCUCCAAACAGGCCCAAAAGCUAGAAAUCAUGCUGGAGCAGAAGCUGACGCUGCUGUCAAGGCCACUGCGAGAAAAGACAACUUUGGCAGUGACGUCCAAAGGGCGUUUCGGUGCAGAGGAGGAACGGGCUUCAAGCGGGACCUCAACGAGGAGGAGACUUGCUCCUCGAAGCCUAGCCACCAUCACUGUUGGUGGCCAUGAGUCGAUCAUGGUACAGACCCUAAGACUUGAAGAGCAGCAGAAGGCGAGGGAGGAGAAACGGCAGCGUGAGCUAGAGAAGAAAGAAGCUGAGGAAGUGUCAGCGAAACAGGUGGAAGAGUGGGAGCAAAACCUGUUGUCCCAGGCCUCUCCUCAAACUGUGGACACCCUUUGGGAACUUCCUGCUAUUGGACACUUCCUAUGUCUGGCUCAGACUGCACUGAACCUCCCAGAGAUUGUAUUUUUUGAGCUGGAGCGUUGUCUGCUGAUGCCCCGCUGCAGCCUCCUCCUCUCCAAAAUCAUGUCUUCCCUACUAUCGCCGCCCCAGCGGAGGGCGGCUCUGCACCGCCGGCCUGCCCUGCCUUACCGGCGCUGGGAAUCAGAACUCAGGCAGCGGGUCCUGGUCUGGUACUGUGCUGUUGGUGCAUCCCAGGAUCACCCAGGCCGGGCUGAGCAGCUGGGACUCUGCCACCAGUUUUUCAGGACCCUUGGAGAAGUGAGUCCCUUGGAGGAGAAACCUUUUCACCUACUGCCUUUCUACCAGCGAGUGUGGCUCCUGAAGGGGCUGUGUGAUCAUGUGUAUGAGACCCAAAAGGAUGUACAGGAUGCUGUGCUGGCUCAGCCUAUCCAUGAAUGUAGAGAGUCUAUUUUAGGCUAUGACAGCAAGGAGAAUGCUUACAUACAUUUCCCACAUUUCUGUGGGGCAGACCUAAGGAUCUACUGCCAGAGCCCCAGCCCACCCCCGGCCUUCCCCUUCCCUUCUGUAUGGGUCAGAAGGGUUGAAAUUGAGCCAGGGUCUCAGGUAAAAGAGUCUGAUGGGAAAAAGAGUGAGGAGAAUAACAGUCACAUUGGUUAUGAUGGAGGGUCCAUGGAUGCAGAAGAGCUGCAUGAUUUUAACAAGGGGAAAACAGACCUAGUUGGGGGAUUAAAAAGGGAAAAUGAGGAUGGAGAGGAAGAGAAUGAAAGGCUUGAACUCUGGUCACUGAAGAAGAGGGAGAGGUCUGAAUCUGGGUCCUCUGACGGACACUUCCACUUUGACUCUAAAUGGGAUGUAAAAAUACACACCAACUCUUUAUCUCUUUCACACAGUAGUCCAAUAGGAGGAAGUGGUGUGAAAAGGAAUGUGAAGGAAGAACCUGUAGAGUUGGAACAUUAUUCUAAAAGGCUCAAACAAGAGCAUUGCAUCUUAUCGCAGUCAAAGCGCAUCAUUGAAGCCGAGACGCAGGAGCCCUGUCUUAGUGUAGGAGAGCACAGCUACACGGGCAGAUCGCCUGCCCGCUCAGUAACUCUGGCCUCCCCAACCAAAUCAGCUCAGCUUAAAAUGGAGGAGGAGAGCUGCCGCCAGGGACACCAAAGCUCUUUGUGUCUAGAAUGUUGUAAAAAUAAAAUGAGUGAUGCCGCGUCCGAGGAGCCCCGAUGCUCCUGCAGCACGUUAACGCUAGCAAGGCUGUCUUCUGAGAGCACCCGAAACUCAAGCGAAGAGCGGGUGAGCGACAAAAUCUGGAGCAAAAAGAAAAAGCGGAAGAAAAAGCGCGGGAGAGAAAAGCUGCCGAGGCCGAAAGGAGAGACCAAGCAGCUGCAGCACGGGAACAGAAGGAGGCUCGGCCCCGCCGAGGCUCCUAAGUCUGCUGCCACUUCCAUCAAGAGAAAAGACAAGAAGAAAAAACAUAAAGCAGGAAAAAAGCUAGAGCCUUCAAAGAAAAUAAAAGAUGAACCCUCAGUUUAUCCAUCUUUUAAGCUGGUCUGCAAAAGUCUUGAAGAGUUGCGAGAGCUUAUCGGUAAGACUGAGGAUGAGCUUGACGACCUAGAGAGCACUAAAAAGAGAUUGGGUCGGUGGUAUUACAGAAGGGAGGCGGUGAAGGACCUCCACAGUACUCUGAUCAGACUACUGAAUGAACUCUUACCCUGGGAACCCAAACUUGUGAAGGCCUACCAGAGAAACAGGCUUCGCUUGAAAAAGGAAUUUGAUGAUUUCAAGAAGCACCCGGAGUACAGUAACUUUGUACGGGAGGAGUGUGUUUCAUCAACAUCAUCAGAUGAUGAUGAUGAUGAUGAAGAAAAGGUUUUGGGCAAGGAGAUUUGUCCAUCCUCAGACCAAUACAGAAGAUCAGAAGAAGAGGAUCUGGAGCAUAUGGUUCCGAGAGGUCUUUGGAGUGGAGCAAACAGCAGGGAGUUUGUGACUGAAGGAACUGGAGAACACGUGACCCGUGCACCUCCAAACCACCUGAAACACCCUCUGGCCACCGUCGAAAAAGCCACUCUGCUGCCAAGCGUUCAGUUUGGCUUCAGCCUCACUUCUACUUCUGACUCUGGGCCACACUCUGGAUCUGAAAUAAAUCCAUCAACUCAAUUCAGGGAUUCAAACAUAACAUCUGCGGCCAGGAUGCCCCUGUCUUCACUGUCGUCCAGACCCACCAUCCUCCAUCCCACCACUGGACUACCUAAGGGCUACACGCCCAUUCCCACCCUGCUGGCGAAGAGCGUGGGAAACAAAGUGACCUUAAUGAAACGGCCUGCUGAUUGCCCAGGAGUCAGCAAUGCAGAUGUGCAGAGAAAAAGGUCUUUGGUUUCUAUGCCUGCAAAAGAUCCAGCAGCACAAAGUCCCCAAUCAAGUUCCCAGAAAUCACCACACAUGCAGGCACAAGGACUACAACAGAUGCAUGUAGUCGGACAUUCAGGGAUGGCCACAGUGAUGACGCCGCUUCCUAAACCACCACAGACAAAACCAGGCCAGACAGUCCAAAAAGGUCCUGCUCAAAUGGUUAAAGACAGCAGCGGCCAAGUCCGGAUCUCGGUUCAUCCGGUUAUGGACCAAAGUACUGCCGAAAAGAUUAUGCAGCAAGUGGUGAUUCUUCCUUCCAACCUUCUGAUUCACACAGCUGAAGAAAAGGCUGCUUCCCUACAUCCACAACCACCAAAAAGCGUCCAGGUCCCAGCUUCUAAAGUGUCCAGCCCCGUAAAUCUGUCUACCAAUGUGCCUGGUUUCACCAUUCCUGAGAACAGAAUCCCUGUUCAGCAGGUGGCUCCCCUUAAAGAUGCCCGGACAGGGGCGGACUCCUCUGCUUCAGCCUUCUGCCAGCAACAAGCAGCCUUGAACCCGGAGCGGCACGGGGCAGCGCAGAGCUGCACUCCCCCAGUUAGUACACAAAGCGCCAUGCCCAAACCCUUUCCCAUCGCGUCCCAUCACUCUGCUUCUCCAGGUUCUGUGUCUGCUGAGCCUGUUCAGCCUAAGGACCCAAAGCAGGAGCUUAAGACUGUGUGCAUUCGGGACUCGCAGUCCAUCCUGGUGACGACUAGAGGAGGGAACACGGGCAUCGUCAAAGUGCAGACAUCCUCAGACCACAGCGUGCUGGGCUCUCUGCCCACCAGUCCAGUCAUCACCAUCUCACCUCAGUUUAAAGCCUUCCUCCUCUCAAAGACAUUGCCAAACCUUUCGCCUGCUGUUCUCACGCAGACUUGCACUAAUCCAACAAGCAUCUCACUGGCCGAGCCUCAGAAGCAGGUUUCUUCGGUAAUAAAGUCUCCUUCUGCUGCCACCACUUCCAUAUUUACUGCAGUCACCGGUAGCCUUCCCGUCACCAGACAAGGACAGAAUGGUUCUAUGUCACAGAUCACUGCUGCUGCAGUUUCACCUGUAAAAAACGCUGUUGUCGUCCCUUCACUGAGCGUCCCCCAAAGCCUCUCACCAACAGAGGCGGCCGGCAAGACUGGCGUGACAUGGGCCAUUACCGAUGAGAGAGCUCCAGCUAAUAAAUUCAUUCUGGUUACUCCAUCUUCUUGCUCCACUUCAAAUGUGGCCAUGUCUAAAGGCACAAACUCCCACGCUGGUUCAAGACUCAUGUUCAUCAGCCAGGCCGCAGCACCCUCAGCCACCGCCUUCGCGGGAACCAUCCCAAAGCAGGCAGUGGCACCGGGGGCUAGUGGACCCCUGCUGAGCGCUUCAUCCUCCAGUCGCAGCCUGAAGACGGAACUGCGUCCUGGAGGUAACUCGGAAUCAGUAUCCAACAUCAAGAUGAUCAGUCUGCCAUCAGGGCUUCAAACCCUGGUGUCAGGGCGGACAACAGAGGAAAAGAACACCGGCGCCCCCGCUUCCCCUUCCAAGCACACACCAGCGUCCGUCUCAAAUUCAGGCUAUACGCCGGUCACCACCACCACUAUAACAUGUUCAAAUCCAGCCCAGCCUGUGUCUCAUUCAGUGACUGCCAGCUUUCAGCUCCAGGGUGUCCCUUCCUUCACUAUGAUGUCUCACACAGGCCCUUCCACGUGCACAUCUACCCCUGGCAGCGUGCCUGCAGGAAACCUGAUCAGGAAGGACUUGGGUCUAGCCGCCAGCGUAGCGCCCGGCGCAUACCCUGCUCGGGUAGCUACUACCAUGCAGGGCACCCCCACCCACAACUCAACGCCCGCUCUUCAAAGUAGUGAGGAAGCAUCUUCGUCUCAACAUCUCAAAAAGAACCAAAGGUCGACCUUCACUGCGACAUCCACCAGCGCUGCAAUCACCACCUCUGUUAAUAGCACAGUCCAGCAGAGAGUAGUCAUCAACACCACUACGCCCCUUGCUGCCGGCACACAGAUCCUUCUGAGCAAUGCUCGCUUUGUAGUCCCUCCCCAAGGUCUGGGUCCAGGCACCCAUGUUCUUAUCAUUUCUAGCCCUUCUCCACAACAAGUGCCUACUGUCAGUGCUGCCAACACGGGAGCAUUCUUACCUCUCCCAGGGGCAGGUAAUGCCGCUGUUUCAUCCCAGUCUCCGGCCAGGCUGCCCAGUGGAAUAGCCUCAAAUUCUCCUAUUGCAACAUGCACGGCUGCUGUCGGUUCUCCGUUGCUUGCCACACCUCCCAGUGUCAUGUCAGUCCAGCUAACAGGAACAUCUGGCCCUGCUUCAACACUGUUACCCAGUAAAACAAAUGUAGUAUCCGCUCUGCCUAAGCUACCGGCUGCACAAGUGGAUCAUUUUGCCUCUGGCGGACUCAAACUGGCCUCAUCGCCGCCAAGGUUGGGGAGCGUACCGGCCCUGGUUUCUCCAGUCACAACCAGGCCCCGGGCACUCAACUCUGCGGCGCUGCCUGUGCGGCUAGCUGCACGUUCAGCCAUGCGGGCUGAAUAUUUGUCCCCGGUUCUGCGUGGAGUAGCACACCCAUCACCUAGACUGUCCGGCCCUCUAUCAUCCGCGCCCCUUUCACUCAACCCACCGGCCGGCGCCCCGCCCAGCCCCUCCUCCCCCUCCCCUGCAGCAGGCGCACCUUUGCAUUCUCCUCUUACUGCCCAUCAGGUGGUGGCGGUAACAACCCCAGGCCCAAGCACAUAUGCACAGAGGAUGGCUGCACCUACCACUUCCCUAUCACAGGCUUUUCUGCACACAGGACGAGGCAGCACUUCAGCAAAAACACAGAUUCCUGUAGUCAUGCAGCCGGUGCUUGGUGCCACACGAACGCAGAUCCUACCGACAGUCGCUGUUCCACCAAUCUUAAGCCCCGCGUCCAAGGUACAGACACUGCCCGUUGCUACAGUCCCACCGAUUGGAAGCACUGUCAGCACCUUUGAAACAUUACCUGUGGAGACCAUGUCUUCAUCUAGCAGCACUGUAACAAUUACCCCGGCUCAGCCACUUACAUCCCUGAAGAUACACAACACCAUCCACCCACCUGACACUCUGACCAAUCAAGCGGGUGGAAAGCACUCUACGCUGACAUCAGCCUUAGGUAUUCAUGCCAACGUAGCAUCCAAGCUACUAAUUAGUCCUGAUGGAGCGGUUGUGAGCACAGUUCAGUGCCAGGUGAAGCCUGCAGAGCUGACCGCCUGCUCCAAACCACUGCUUGCACUAAUGGUUCCCCCCAGCAGUUCGACCAGAGCACUACACACCCAUGACUCCUCCUUAGAGCCGUCACAGGCAGAUGCGAAGUGAAGCGAGACUGCUAGUUGAUGAGAUCUCACAGGGCUCAUAUCCAUCGCUUCUGGGGUGAACGAACUACAUCCCAGCUGUAGUUUGACUUGUAACUCGUGGUUAGAUCAUCCUAAAUAGAUGAACGGGGAAAAAGUAUUGAGGUAGCUUAUGUGAAUGUCAAAGACUCUUGACUUCCUUUUACUUCAGGGCCAGUACUGACUACAGUAACAAAUCUGUAGAUUGAUGAUAGGUAGCACACGUUUCAGCUUUUGUAAUACUUUUCAUUGCCAUUAGAUGUCGAUUCACAGAGUAAUAAUUGGAUUAGAAUUCAUUGCUACACUUCUAGUUUAUCUGUCAGUUUGAACAAUACAACUGUAUCGAGCUUUUGUUGUUCUUUUAUCAACUUGUAACGGUUCGAAACUACAUUUUACUUUGUAGAACUAUAACCAAACUAAUAGAUGAAUUUGUACCACAUGUCUGUGCUCAUAAAAUGUUUUGAAGUUGCAUUUAUUUAUUUUUACCAUAUAGAUUUUUCAAAAAUAUUUACUAGGUAUAUUUUCAUUGUUCAAGAAAUGCGGGCAUUAAAGCAUGGAAAUAAAUAAUGCAACUGUCCCAUACAA